GGCAAUAUCAGCAGGUAAAUGUUCCUGAAGACCAAGCAGACAAGUUGCUCCUUGCAAGCUGGGGUCUUCCCAAAGCAGUUCUGGAGAAAUACCACAGUCUGGGAGUAGUACAGAUGUUUGAAUGGCAAGCAGAAUGCCUAAUGCUUGGGCAAGUUCUGGAAGGAAAGAACCUAGUUUACUCAGCUCCUACCAGUGCUGGAAAGACUCUUGUUGCAGAAUUGCUUAUUUUGAAGCGAGUCCUGGAGACUCGUAAGAAAGCUCUUCUCAUCCUUCCCUUUGUCUCUGUGGCCAAGGAGAAAAAAUGUUAUCUGCAGGCUCUGUUUCAGGAGGUGGAUGUGCGAGUUGAAGGCUACAUGGGAAGCAUGCCUCCUGCUGGACCUUUCUCUGCCCUGGAUGUUGCUGUCUGCACCAUUGAGAAAGCCAAUGGUCUAAUCAAUAGACUAAUAGAAGAAAACAGAAUGGAUUCACUGGGAGUGGUUGUUGUGGAUGAGUUGCACAUGCUGGGAGACUCUCAUCGAGGAUAUCUGCUGGAACUCCUUCUGACCAAAGUUAGAUAUGUUACAGAGAAGGUUGGAAAACGACAUGCAAAGAUGACCAGUCCUGGUUUUGGUGGGAUACAGAUAGUAGGCAUGAGUGCCACCCUCCCUAACUUGGGACUCCUAGCCUCAUGGUUAGAUGCAGAAUUAUAUUGUACGGAUUUUCGCCCCGUGCCCCUCAAGGAGUGGGUGAAAAUUGGCAGCAACAUUUAUGACUCCUCCAUGAAUUUAGUGCGGGAAUUCCAGCCCAAGCUUCAACUGAAGGGAGAUGAAGACCAUGUUGUGAGCCUCUGUUAUGAGACUGUUUGUGAUGGCCAUUCAGUCCUGCUUUUCUGCCCGUCCAAGAACUGGUGUGAGAAGCUGGCAGAUAUCAUUGCCAGAGAAUUCUACAGUUUGCAACAGACUGAGAGUGCUGCAAAAAACUCAGUCCCUGCCCCAGUUGUUGUGGACAGAGAAGGGAUAGAUGAGGUUCUGGACCAGCUGAAGCGUUCUAUCUCAGGCCUGGACUCUGUGCUCCAACGUACUUUGCCAUGGGGAGUGGCAUUUCAUCAUGCAGGUCUUACAUUUGAUGAACGGGACAUCAUUGAAGGAGCUUUUCGCCAGGGCUUGAUUAGAGUCCUAGCAGCAACCUCCACACUCUCAUCUGGAGUGAAUUUGCCUGCACGUCGAGUAAUUAUACGGACUCCCAUGUUUGGUGGCAAACUCCUGGACAUUCUCACUUACAAGCAGAUGGCUGGAAGGGCUGGUAGGAAAGGAGUAGACACAGAGGGUGAGAGCAUUUUAGUUUGCAAGCCCUCAGAAAGAUCAAAAGGAACUGCUCUACUUCAGGGAUCUCUCAAGCCUGUUUGCAGUUGUUUGCUUAGAAGAGAAGGCGAAGGUGUGGCUUCUAGCAUGAAAAGAGCAAUACUUGAGAUCAUAGUGGGGGGAGUGGCCAGCACUCCAGAUGAUGUGCAGACCUACGCUUCUUGCACUCUUCUUGCAUCCAGCUUGAAAGAAAGCAAGUGGGGAAAUGAGAAAGCACAAGACAAAGCACAAACUGGACCUAUCGAGGCUUGUGUGGCAUGGUUGCUGGAAAAUGAAUUCAUUCAGGUUCUAGACUCUGGCAAUGAUGUGAAAGGAAAGGUUUAUCAUCCAACACAUCUUGGCUCAGCUACUCUUUCCUCUUCUCUUUCACCAACUGAAGCCAUGGAAAUCUUUGCUGACCUCCAGCGAUCUAUGAAAAGCUUUGUUCUGGAGAAUGAUCUGCAUAUUGUCUAUUUGGUCACCCCAGUGUAUGAAGAGUGGACCACAAUUGAUUGGUACCAGUUUUUUUGCUUAUGGGAGAAGCUGCCUGCCUCAAUGAAACGUGUGGCUGAGCUGGUGGGGAUUGAAGAAGGCUUUCUGGCUCGCUCUGUAAAGGGCAAAAUCAUAGCUAAAACAGAGAAACAGCACAGACAAAUGGCCAUCCACAAAAGGUUUUUCACUAGUCUUGCCCUUCUGGAUUUAAUCAGUGAGGUUCCCUUAAAGGAUAUGACCAAGAAAUAUGGCUGUAGUCGUGGCCAGCUUCAAUCCUUGCAGCAGUCUGCUGCCACCUAUGCAGGAAUGGUAACGGUUUUCUGUAAUCGACUGGGCUGGCACAACAUGGAGCUGUUGCUCUCUCAGUUCCAGAGCCGCCUCAUUUUUGGGGUUCAUAGGGAGCUUUGUGACCUGGUACGGGUGUCUCUACUGAAUGCACAGCGUGCUAGGACACUUUACAACGCUGGCUUUGUCACAGUGGCUGAUCUUGCUAAAGCCAGUCCUGAUGAUGUAGCAACUGCUCUGAAGAAUUCGGUACCAUUCAAAAGUGUUCGCAGGGCAGUGGAUGAAGAUGAAGAAUCAGCAGAGGAGCGUCGGACUGUGCGCAGUGUCUGGAUGGCUGGAAUGAAAGGCUUAAGUGAAAGAGAAGCAGCUUCCCUCAUUGUGGAGGAAGCCAGGGGACUUCUGCAGCAGGAUUUGGCACUGAUGGGAGUGCAGUGGAACCCAGAGUCUUUUCUCGAGUCUGAUACAACCUCUAUGAUCAGCAGCGAGUCAGAACUGGAAGACAGACUACAUAGAUCAAAUGGAGAGCAGUCUUCUGAGUCUUCUAUGGUGUUAAACAAAAAAGGGUGCAGAGUUCAACAUCAUAAUGGCCUUGGUUCUCAGUCUGGAAAUGUAUCAAAUAUUAAAAAGCGAUAUAAAAGGCGACUAAGCAGUAGUACAGAAAACUCCGGAUUUGAGAGUGAAGUCCCAGGCAGGAGACAGGUUCAAGCAGAGGAAGGCAAUGAAGAUAUUGUAUACAGCGCUAGAAAACGGCCAAGUAUGUGCAGAGAUAAUGAAAGUGUAGAAGGAAUUUCUCUGGUCAAAACCAAGAUGGAUUCCAGGAGAGCAGUUCUGGAACUCCUUACUGAACAAGGAAAAACACCAACAUUGAGAGCAAAGUCUUCAGCCUCUAGAUUGAUAAGAAGUACGGACAUGCAUUUAAACCGAACUAGGAACAAAAAUACUGCUUCAAAACUGCAGAGGUCACUUCUUGAAGAUUCAAAUAUGCUUAGCAUAGACAUACAAAAGCCGCCUGGUUUUAACCCCCCCAUCUCUAAAGGUAAUUUUUUUUCAGACCAAAAUAAUAAGGAAUUUAGGGAAACCAGGUCUGUAACUCACAAAGUGUCAAAUUUUGUACAGAUGGAGGAAAUUAAUCUUGGGAGGAUGGAUAAAAUGGAACGAUUGUUUACAGAGCCUACCACCACUAAUGAAGGCAUGCCUAAGGGGAGAGCAUAUUUUCAGGCACCUGUUACGUUGCAGGGUGCUCCAAACGUCAAUGCGGAGACACAUGCAAGCUGUGCUGAGGUGAUGAUUGGUAAGCAACAGGUGGCUUUAGAUACAGAUCACCGUAAUGUAACUGAUAACUGCUCUGGAAAUGGACAUGUCCGUAGUGGCAGCAGGAUACAGAAACCUGUGCAUUUUGCUGGUGAGGAUAAAUCCUGCCGUACUCAGAUACAGAGUGGUGGCAAAAAUGGGAGCAAAAAACCAAAUGGAAUAUUAUUACAAGCUGGAGCACUGCAGAAUGCCAACAGUCAUCCUAAGGAUUUUCAGAAAGUUUCUCCAGUAAAAUCCAGAGGUGUUUACAAUGCAGGUCAUGUUCAGAAUGGUCCAUCCUCUGCCCUGCUUUCUGACUCUAGAGACUUUGAAGACAGCUUCCAGUUGGAUACUCAAACUGAGUUGAUAAUAAAACAGGAGGGAGCAUCUGGAAUCGCAGGACAGCACGGAAUACAAGGUUUAGAGCUGGCAGCGAUACCACGGCAGGAAGUCACCAAGAGACUAAGCACUUCAGGGACUGAGAAUGCUACUGAUGAAAUGCUGCCUGCUACAGUUACAAAACUGGGCUUAUUGAGUCUUGCCACAACACGUAACAUUACAAAAAACACUGCUCAGCACUGCAGUAAUAAAGUCUUGGAGUCUGGAGGCCUUAAUUUACGGCCCAUAACGACAGAAAUAAAAUCUGCACCUUACCUUAAAGAAAGCGAUUUCUCAGUGACUGACUCCCAGCUACACAGUUUUCUACAAGAUUACCAGACCCAAAAUUCAGUGAAAGAGGAGACUAUCUCUAAAGACCUUAAUAAAGCAACCUCCCCUUUUCGGAGGGAGCCCAUUGUACAAGUAGAAUGCCACGCUGUCUCCGAAACAAGCCUGAAUAUGAGUGAUAGCUUGCUGUUUGAUGAUAGCUUCAGUAAUGUCAGCGACCUUUCAGCUGUUCACAUCACAGAAGCUGACAAAAAGGAGCCCUUGGAGAAGCAAGGGGCUUUGCUUCCUGCAGAAAGUCUUUUGCAGAACCAAAGGCCUGUUGAGAGGAAGUUUGAUGUCAGUGGCAAUCCAAAACAGCAUGAGGAUCCUGCACAGUGCAACAAUAUGUCUCUAACAUUCUCUGAUCCAAUAGCUGAAGUUUUAGAUCAUGCAAACUCCUCAUCUUUUCUGGAAGAUGUUCCUUCUACAUUUCAUGGUUGGUCAGGAUUAAGAAACUCAGUGGUUAGUAACAAUGACCCCAGACCAAAAGAUUUAGUAGGAAAUAAAAGUGAAAAGCUUCAGAGAAGCCAGCAAGCUUUAGACAAGAAAACCUGUCCAAUGGUGUGGACUGACCACUCGUUUGAAAUAAGCCCAGGAUUGCAGGAUGUAUUAGACAAAUGGCCUAGUCCCUCAGGCAUAGAACCAGUUUCAGUAAGCUUCUGUUUGAAAGAAAAAUUAGUUACUCCUGUUGCUAAUCAAGAGCCAGAUCCCAUUUUUGAAUCUGACCAUUGUCAGCCGAAGCCUUUGCCCACUUGUCAGGAUUUAAAAAGCUUUUUCGAGGUAAAAGAAAACAAAACGGAAGACUUGGAUCUUCAGAAAACAGACUGCAUAACGCUUCCACUCAAGGGAAGCAACAGAACAUCCUGUCCUCCACCAGAUAGUAAUAAUGUAUUUAUUCCUCCAACACCCCCUAAAGAGCUUUUUCCAAAGAGUUCUCUUUCUCUCUCUGUGAAAUCUGCAAAGAGACAAGUUGCCUGCACGAAUGAACAGCAGCUGAUUCAGCCGCAGCAGAACAGCAAGGGCAAUGCAGAGCUGCAGGUAAAAACACUCCAGGUCAGUCCUGGGGCUGUAGACCCAAUUGAGACUGAUGAGAUAAAAGAUGAUUCUACUAUAGACCAAAGCUUUUCACUGCAGCUAUCUCAGGAUGUUUUUCCACUCGUUCCCUUAAGUGCUGAAAGUUUCACUAUUAUUGAUGUAGCAAGCGACAAAGCACUUUUCCAGACUUUUGUUGCAGAAUGGAAAGAGAAAAGCAGGUUCUCGAUCUCAGUGGCAUGUGAAAGAACAAAAUGUCUUUUGUCUCCCAAAUCAACAAUCGGUGGCAAAUUCAAAAAAGUAAGUUCUCCUCAGUGGACGCAUGUUAAAGAUGAUGGAUUUCCUGUCCAAGGCUGUGAAGACAUCUUGGUAGUUGGACUGGCAGUAUGCUGGGGUGGAAAAGAUGCCUACUAUAUCUCUUUGCAACAGAUACAAGACCAGACUGAAAUCAGUAUGAGUUUGGCACCGCCACCUUUGGACAAAAACCUAUCUGUAACAGAGAGACUGCAUCAUCUGCAGCUGUACCUGCAGAAGCACAGGCAGGAGCGCUCACUUGUCGUGUAUAACUUCAUUCAGCACUACAAGACUCUGGUGAUGGCUUGUGGCAUCUCCUUGGAGGGAAGUUUUGAGGACCCAAAGGUUGCAUGUUGGCUGCUUGAUUCUGGCUCUAAGGAACGUACGCUUCACAACAUGGUGACUACCUUUCUCCCCAGUGAGUUACCUCUACUGGAAGGAGUAGGCACUGGCCAAGGAGUGCAGAGCCUGGGGCUUAGUGCCAGCGGAGAUCAUUCUGGGCGGUACAGAGCAGCAAUAGAGUCUGUGCUUAUCUUCAGUGUCAUGAACCAACUCCAUAAUGAAUUACAGAAGGAAAAUCUGACAGAUGUAUUUUCUAAAGUGGAGAUGCCCACCCAUUAUUGCUUGGCUCUGCUGGAACUGAAUGGCAUUGGUUUUAGCACAACAGCAUAUGAAACCCAGAAGCAGGUCAUGCAAGCUAAACUGAGCGAGAUUGAGACCAAGGCAUAUCAACUGGCAGGCCACAGCUUCUCCUUGACCAGCCCUGAUGACAUUGCAGAGGUUUUGUUCCUGGAGCUGAAGUUGCCACAAAACGGAGAUGUGAAAGUUCAAGGGAACAAGAAAACUCUGGGUUCCACCAGAAGAGCAACUGCUAAAGGAAAUAGGGUUAGGUUGAGCAAGCAGUUCAGUACAACCAAGGAUGUUUUGGAGAAGUUAAAGACACUUCACCCAUUGCCAGGGCUGAUAUUGGAGUGGAGGAGGAUCAACAAUGCCAUUACUAAAGUGGUGUUUCCACUACAGAGGGAAAAGCGAUUGAAUUCUGCACUAGGAAUGGAAAGGAUAUAUCCCAUUUCACAGACUCACACAGCUACAG